GACGCUGUGAAUUUGUCGAUCCAUGCAUAGCGGAACCGUGCGAACAUGGAGCUCGGUGUCAGGUUGAUAUCUUGGGGCGUUUCACCUGUCACUGUUCGCCUUGGUAUCAUGGUCUACGGUGCGAAAUGGAACAAAAUCCAUGCUAUCCAGAAAAUCCGUGCGUCGGACCAGGCGCAAUUUGUUCCGUUGUGCGAUCAGAACGAAUGGUAAACGGUGUUCUCAGCCCGCUUGUUAUUGAUUUCAAUUGUACCUGUGGACCCGGAUACCACGGGCGCUACUGUGAUGUCAAGGCAGAUUUGUGUGAACCAAAUGUUUGUCAGAAUGGAGGCAAAUGCAUCGAUCGAGGCACCAGUCCGAUGUGCAUCUGUCCUGCAGGAUCCCGAUGUGAAGUCAAUUCAUCUGCAGAAGCAAGUAGAUCAAAUCCGAGCAAGAGUUUUCCGCUUGAGAACGGACAAGCCCGUUUCCCCAUGAACGAUAUAAAGGACUUAUCGGAUCCAAGUAGCCGAUGUUCUGCUUGCCCACCGAAUUUUGCCGGAGAUGGCAUCUGCCAGGUUGAUUGUCUGCUCAACGGCUGUGCCGGACCUCGUGAGCUGGAAGAUUGCGAACCGUGGUCCAAGUGUCACGACGGGGCGGCGGCUGGAACCGCGUUUCCUUCGAAGCAGUGCAUAGAAAAAUUUCACGAUACCCGGUGUGACGAGCAGUGCAGUAAUGAAGCUUGUCACUUUGAUGGAUUCGACUGCGCCUAUAACAGUUCAUAUUGCCAAGAAACCGCUUACUGUCUGGAAAACUACGCAGAUGGAAUAUGUAACGCGGUCUGCUCUGGGAGUUCCUGUGGGUUCGAUGGCGGUGACUGCAUUCCACAGUUCGAACUAUCGAAUGCCUCAAGUGUUGCGGUGAAGUCUCAAACACCGGAGCCCACGCUUUUUCUAGUUGUUCUGAAUAACAGCAUGGAGACUUUUGCUACACACCGUCAGGCGGUUUUGUUCACUUUGGCCAGCCUGCUUCACUCGGUCGUACGUGUUUGGAAAGAUCGUCAUUCGGGUGUUGAAAUGCUGGCUAACUUGUCCAACAAAGCUGGCGUAAAAAUGGUGUUAGCUGUUUGGACAGACCCAGACAACAGGGCAAGCAGUCCAUCUUGUGUGGGUGCGAACGGGUGCAGUACCAAUCCAAUCGCACGCUUGAGUGACCUUGAACUAACCAGGUACAUACGAGCGGCCUUGAGCACACCAAACAUCCACAUGCCCGUUGCGUUGAAACACCUCGUUUCAAUCACGGACGAGGCGCGGUUGAAUUUCUUCACAGAUUCUCGUCAAACAGAGUCCGGAUGGCUGAGGUCUGGGGAAGUGAUUGGAUUGUAUGUGUGCCUAUGCGUCCUUACAACAACUGACAAUGAUGAUGAUGAUGUCUGGACCGUUCAAACUGCUGAGGCAUUGCGUAUUGAGUUAUCUAAUUCUAGCCUUCCUGGUUUAGCAACAGUAGUCCGUUGUGAUUCUGAAUCCUAUCUUUUCUUAGAAUUGAGUUUACGUGCGAUCCAAAGAAAUGGUUUCCCUGCCGAUGGGGAGAAUGAUGAUGAUGAUGACGAUGAUGAUGAUGAUGAUGAUGAUGAUGAUGAUGAUGAUGAUGGCGAUGAUGAUGAUGAUGAUGAUGAUGAUGAUGAUGAUGAUGAUGAUGAUGAUGAUGAUGAUGAUGAUGAUGAUGAUUACGAUUUACUCAAACGAGUGGACCAACCAGCGACCGUCGAUGAUAAUGUUGAAAGAGAUGAUAUUCCUGUGUAUUUGUUCUUGUGUAACUUAGCUCUUCGUGAUUCACCACGUUUACGUCAUAGAACUCGCCUAUUGCCCGAAUACGUCAUUCGGUGUGCUCGUCAUAAUCGGGUUGCAAGGGAACUUGCAAAACGUCUCCGUCGACUGGGGUACACCGUCUUCGAGGAGUUGAGAACCCCUACUUCUACGUCGUUCAUCAAACCUGACCUAAUCGCUGUUCGAGAUCGCCGUGCAACCGUAAUAGACGUUAGCAUAGUCUCGGAUGGGCGUGGAGAGAUAGUGUGGAAUGAGAAGAAGCAGAAGUAUGGUGCUGAUGAACAUUCCCUCGCCAUAAUCUCAGCCCUACAUGCCAUCGGUUGUGAUAUCGACUUUUUGGUUCACCAACCGGUGAUCAUCUCCUAUCGAGGGAUCUGCUUUCCUCAAUCCGCUAAGGCUGUUAUUGGACUGGGACUUCCUAAGGUCGCAGUCAGUGACUUGUGUUUGCUUGCCAUUGUGGGCUCCCUGCUUGUCAUCCUCUUGGUCAUCUUCCUGGUUCUACAACGCGACCCAUGGAAGCGGCACGCACUGAAACGUGUUCACACCACUGGAAUAUGGUGUCCACCAGGUCCAUUCCCGUUCAAAGAUAUUCAGGCAAUCAACUCUUCCUAUGCAACACAGUCCACCCGACCCGAUAAAGUACUCUUAAAACAACAGGACCAGUCCUUGCUGUCCGCCAUCGACCCCUCAGAUCCAAGAACCAGUACAACAACUACAGAAUACCGGUACCAGAAUUGUCAACACCCGCUGACAAGUUUGACCAACCCAUCGGCUGAAACUUUGGGAAAGAAUGAUUUCGAUGACAAAAGUCUUAUUGACAACUUUUCACUUGGAUCGGAUCCGACUAUUGAUCCAUUCCAUCUAGAUAUAAACGCUGAGGGUGGAAAGGAUGGACUUUUGGAUGGAACAUUCAAAAACUACCAACAUGCGGAAGUUUCCCCGCCCAGUUUCGGCGUACCUCAGGCACCUUUGAAAUGUCCCACUCAUGGGGGUUGUAGCAACAGGACCGCUUUGAGCUCAGUUGACCCGACAGUUGACGACGCUUCGGAAAAGCGAAAUUUGCAACGUAGAUUGCGUCACGUGCUUCAGCGACAGGAUGGCCUCCAUCCUUUAUCCCCGAACUCCAUUACGCUGUCUAGCAACGUUUUUCAGUCGGAGACCCACCCAUCUCAUCCCGUUGGCGGAGCUGAAUUCGCUUCUCGAAACUCUCAAUCCAUGGAAUAUAUUUCACCCAGUCCGGGCUCAGAUAACCAUACAUUGGUUGACCGAGGUACAGGCGAAACGCUUCUACAUUUGGCUGGUCGGUAUAACGGCGGACAGGAUAUUGUCUUUUCUCUGCCACAUCUCAUGUGCAGCGAUGAUUUUGGAGAGAGAUGUGCUUGCGUCAUGUGGCUCGAUCACCACGGUAGAACUGCUUUGACGAACGCAGCUGCAGCCAAUGCGCUGGAGACGACAGCUGCUCUGUACCAAUUAGAACGCGAGGCUCUAAGUCAAAAUCGCGCGCUCUUGAUUGGUCAAUCGACUGACAAAUCACACUUGAGUGCAAAAGCACGCAGGCGUAAUAAGCAGUCGGAAUUGCGCAAGUCUACACCACUCAUCGCUGCCGUUCAGGCUGGCAAUGAAGAACUUGUUCGACACUUGGUUGACGAGGGAUAUCCAAUUGUCGGUGUAGAUGACUUUGGCAGAAACGUGGUCCAUUGGGCAUCGGUGACCAAUGCGAUUGAAAUACUCCAGCGUCUAGCUCAGUGCAAGGGUUUUCACCGGUUAGUUAAUGCUCGAGACGAUUACGACCGCACACCUUUGAUGUUGGCUACACGUGAAGGGUGUGAACAAGCUGUACAGUUCCUUCUCGAUCACAAGGCAAACGUACUCACAAUGGAUUGCACUGAUAGUGACGCACUGGCCAUUGCGAAAUCCAAAGGAUUCGACGAUAUCGAAAGACUUCUUCUGCAGCGGCAUGCCGAAGGUAAUGAAGAAGCCCUGAGACUUACUGACAACCCUCAUCUACCGUUUCCGAAUGUAACUACUCCACCAGAACCCACAGAGUUGAGUGAAUUCUCUGAACUAGGUACGCACAGUACAGGUGAACUGGAACAGCAAAGUGCCAUUUUCCACCCGGAUCAAUACAGCAAAGCUCCUUUAGAAACUACUUACCGUCUUGAAAGACCGCGUCCAGAAGAUUCCAAAAGCCCACACCUGACGAACUACUUAAAGUUCGCCGUCCCAAAAACUACCUCUGAGUUUGUGUGUAAACCACCUGGUCGAGAAGUAACAAAGAUUUCACCCAAAUGA